AUGGCUAUCAAAGCAGCGCAAGAUCUCUACCUCGACCCGGCCAUCCGGGACUGGGUACUGAUACCGAUCACACUGAUUAUGAUCCUCGUCGGGGUCCUUCGGCACUACGUGACCCUCCUUCUAAACUCCGCACCAAAGAAGCAGCCCGCCGCGGUGGUCCGAGAACAACGCGCCCUGACCCGCUCCGCCCUACUCCGAUCUACCGCCCCCCUCUCUCCCCUUCCUCCCGCAACAUACCGCGCCAUAUCCUCAGACCUCUCCGAGGGGCUCAUAGCUGGUAAAUGGCUCAAGCCUCAGGCGACCUCAGAGGAGGAAGGGGAGAAGAACCCCUUUGAGGCGGCGGGGAUGGAGGGUGCUAUGGACGGGAUGAAGAAGCAGGCUGUGAUGAUGAUACCAAAUAUGGUCAUCAUGCAGUAUAUUAGCGUCUUCUUUUCUGGCUUCAUCCUCAUCAGAUUACCGUUCCCCUUGACGGCCGGCUUCAAGUCACUGCUCUCCAAAGACAUCAUCAUGCCCGACCUUGACGCUCAAUGGGUAUCCGCAUUAUCGUGGUACUUCCUGAACCUGUUCGGACUGAACGGCGUCUUCAAGCUCAUCCUCGGAUCAGAAAACGCGGCAGUAGACAUGCAGUCCAUGCAAAACAUGUCCCUCUCCGCCGCAUCCGCCAUGCCCGCCUCUGGACCCGGCGCGCCAGAUUACGCCAAGCUCUAUCGUGCGGAAGCGGAGAAUCUGGCAUUAGCAGAGGGGGUGUAUAAGUGGGUUGGGGAGGGAGUGGAGGAUCGCGUAUUGGCUAGGUAUGGGAGAUGA